AUGGAAGUGAAACAAGUGCGUGUGACUAACUGCAAGCAGUUUGAACUUCUUGUGGCCCGGAUGGAAGCACAUCCUGCGGUGGCAAGGGGAGUAAUGUUUUGUCAAGCUUCGCGCAUAACCAAGGAGCGUUAUACGGAAAUUUGGAAGGAUCUGGCCACCGGCUUGAAUAGCCUCGGUCCCCCAACGAGGUCGGUCCAUGAAUGGCAGAAAGUUUGGACAGACUUCAAGCUGAAGGUGAAACGCAAGCUCACCCAUAAUAAGCGCGAGACAGAAGCGACUGGUGGAGGGCCCAACCAAACGAUGCUUUUAACAUCGAUAGAGGAAGCGGUAGUUAAUCUGUUGUCUCUCGAUCGGGCUAUUGACCAAUCUGGCAAGUAUUUUCAUUUGAUGAAAUAAAUUUUUUUCUAUAAUAUAUCUAUUGCAUAGGUCCUGUAUUUGGCCUACCCAUUCGCGAGUC